GCAAGAAAAAAACCAAGAGAAGAACCUGAAGAAAGCGGCAAAAAUUUAGAAAAAUCUGAAGAAAGUGGCAAAACUUCUGAAAAAAAUCAAGACGUCUCAGAAGUAACUAAGGUAAGUUCUGAUGAGCAAGAACCAGAGGAUAAUGAAGAGACUUCUAAUAAAGAUCAAGAUAAUUCAGAAAAAGAAGAAUAUACCCCCGAAGAAGAUACCUCUGAAGAAGAUGCUUCCAAAGAAGAUCAGAAAUAA